AUGCUGGCACACAGCACACAGGAGGGUGGCAGGGGCAGCAGCAGGGGAUGGCAGGGGGAGGAGUUGUGUGAGCCUGACGUGGCAAGCACUGUUGGCGCUGGUGCCGUGACAGCUGGGCUUGUGGGAUUAGUUGCCACCCGUUUCUCGCCCGCCCAUCGCCUCAAGGCGGCUGCGCUGCACACCGUGGCCGGUGCUGCCCUUGCAUUCCCCCUGGGUGAGUCGCACCUCAUCUCCCCUUGCAUCCUCGUCUCCCCCCCAGCCACCCGUGCCUCGCCCGCCCAUCGCAUCAAGGCAGCAGCUCUCCACACCGUUCUGCCCUCGCCCUGGCCCUCCUGCACUCGGCGCUCUACUCCUUACUGCCCCAGCAGCACAGCACAGGAGCAGCACACGGCAGCAGUGGCGAGGGGGUAG